UAAAGGAGAAAUAUUUUUUUUUUUUUUUACUUUAACCAAACACUAUCUAAAGUAUUAAUGAUAUUGGAUAUUACUUUAACAUAGCUAGCGAGAGCCUAAAUUAGUCUAUGUGAAAAAUAAUGAAGGAAAAAAGAAAACAGAGAAAAUCCUCGCCGCGGAGGGACGCGCAGGGAAGCGCCGCGGAUUCUACCACAUCAUCGCAAUCCCUCACCAGGUGUUUGAUUUUGUUUACCUUCCCUGAGCAACCCUAAUUGUUACCGAUCAUUCGGCGAUGGCUUCACUCUCUGAGGUUUGUUCUUCCCAGUCGAACACUAAGGAGCAGAAAAUAAUGGGUGACGACACACCGUAUCUUCCCCAGGAAAUCAUCACAAACAUUCUCAAACGACUUCCCGUAAAAUCCCUGAUUAGAUUUCAGUGUGUCUGCACAGAUUGGAAAAAUCUCAUCAAAACCCCAUCUUUCGUCGCUGACCACCUCCGCCACUCCACUCAUCAAAACCCUUCUCUUCUCUUCCAACAGAAUUGUAGAGAUGAUCCUUUGCACUUAUGUUUGCUUGAUUGCAAGAUGCAACUCCAUGAAGUUGAGAACCUACCAUCCUCGAAGGCUUUGCGGAUCGUCGGCUCCAGCAAUGGCUUGCUCCUCUGUGUCGAACUUUCUAGCUUUGGUGCAAGUCAUUCACUUUUCUUGUGUAAUCCAGCAAUUAGAAAGAUCAGACAGGUGCCCGGUAUUGUUUACGAUUUUGAUGGUGAUUUCUGUGUAGGGUUUGGGUUCAGUCCAAUUGUUAAUGAUUACAAGAUAUUAAGAGCUUAUGUUCCUCAAGACAAGGAUGACGUUAAUCGAGUGGACGUAUAUUCAUUGAGCACCCAGAGAUGGAAGGAAAUAAAACUUGGGAACUUGAAAGGUGUAAAUCUUUAUUGUGAAUCUAUCACUGCUAAUGGAGCUAUGUUUUGGCUAGGGACAAAGUUAAUUAUGGAGGAGGAGCUUUACUAUCAUAUUGAUUUGAUAGUUUCAUUUGACAUAGCGAUGGAAGCCUUUACAUUGAUAGCAAUGCCUGCUUUAGGCUCUAAUUCAAGGGAUAAGCUUACUGUGCAUGAGAAUAAACUUGCUGUGAUUACUCAGACUAGACAGUCUGAAUCCUUUUCAACUGAUUCUUGGCUGAUUGAUUUGUGGGUGAUGGAGGAGGGAAUGGGUGUGCCUCAGGAGAGAUGGAGUUGGACUAAGAAGUAUUCCGUAAGAACCUUUCUAGGCUCAUUAGUUCCUUUAGGUAGUUGGAGGAUGAAUCCGUUAUGUAUCUGGAGGGAUGAAAUGGUCUGCAACAUUAAUGACGUGUCUGGACUCAUUGGUGAAACUGAAUGCGAGGAGUACACUGAAGUGAUAGCUGUUCUAUCUCUGUUAAAUAUUAGAACAAAUGAAUUGAGGAAGAUUGCUACCAGUAGAUACGGUCAUGUUUUUUCUGUUAUUUUCAAUCACACAGAGAGUCUUGUACCAAUUGACAGCAUCCAUGUUGAAGAGCCCCUUGAUCCUCUAUCAGCUUACUUUGUUUAGCACUUUUGGUGACAAUGAACCAAUAUCAAUUUCCCUUUGGAGAUGUUAUGUAGAAUAGUGAAUGCAUAUAUUCAGUUCCAAAUGUU